AUGUCUAAUAUCUCCUUCCUCCUCCCACCUUUUCUGUCCUGCCUGGCAUCACCCCACAUCACUGGACCCCACCCCUUGUGUUGUAUUUUCCAGAGCACCCGUCUCCCCUGCCAAGACCAGCACUUUGCAGGGGGCCAGGAGUAUAAUUGCCCCCAUUCCACCUCAACGUCAGCAUCCAGUGUUGACGUUUCCAGGGAAACUUGGGUCUCUUUUUGGGCUGCUGGUCUCCUGGACAACAGAGAGCAGCAACAAGAGCCAUGGGCACAGGAACAAUGCAAUGAUUUGGAGUUUUUGGUCCAUGAGGAUUCUGCCGGGGGAGGGAAUCAGCUAUCUUCACAACUCUACAGAAACAAGCAGCUCCAAGAUACCCUGAUGCAGAAGGAGGAAGAACUUGCUAGGUUACAUGAAGAGAACAAUAACCUCAGACAAUACCUGAAUUCGGCUUUGGUGAAAUGUCUUGAGCAGAGAGCCAAGAAAUUGUUGAUGCAAAAUGGAUCCACCCAUGUAUAUGGCUGUAUGGAAAAUGGGAAGAGGAAACCAAAGGAGGGAAGGUACCCUGCCAUGGAUACCCCCCAUCCCAAGAAUGCUAAGAGAAACCUCUUUAGUGAGUUUGCUGCCUGUGAGGAGCAGCCAAGUCCACCUGUGGAUUCAUGGGUCCUGAAAACCCUUGGAUUAAAAGACCUUGACACUAUUGAUGAUAGUGUACCAGCUAACUACAGUGCCUUGCUCUCUCAGACUGAAAGAAGCACAUUCACACAGUUUCCUAGUGAGGAGGCCAGCUAUAAACAUGGUGGCAUUGUGGGUCUGCCCAUUUCUUAUGGGAGUGGUCUGGUGGCACCCUUGAACAACAUGGGCAGCCAGAAGGAGGAGGACUUGGCCUUUUUUUCUGGUGUGCACAGCCAACCAGGUGCUUUACAAACCAUACCUAACCUUUCCCUCAACCCUUUCCCCCCUUUCACCUCACCUGGCUAUAACUCUGAUAUCUCACCCAACAAAACAGAUGUGGCCUUUUCCACUUCCCUGACCCCCCACUGCCAUGUGAAAACCCAUUCCUUCCAGCAGGGACAAGCUUUUGUACGGCGAGAUGAAGGAGGCUGGAAGUUUACCUGGGUUCCUAAACAAUCUUAGGAGACCCCCCUGCACCCCAACUGGUGAACACUGCCACAAGCCUGCUGUGUGUUUACAAAGAUCCUUCUGGCACUGGGCCCUCCCCUUUGGGCUUGGAAGUAAUAUCUAAAGCCUGAUCUCCUUUGCUCCUUCCCUAUCUCAGUCUUUGGGCUAUUCCUUUUGAGAACCCACACUGAAACUUAUCUGUUCCUCUUUCACAUGCUCCUUGGUUUGUUUACAUAGAGACACUUAUGGUCCAUUUCCUCCCUUAGACAUUGGACUUGAAAAGGUAUUUUCUUUCUAGUUGUCUAUAGGUUGAAAAUAUAAAUGCACUGCUCCCAUUAUAACCAGUUUGACUACUUCUCUCCUUUAGUUAAGCAGUUUGCACAUUUGUGGUUUUGACUUUUGUUCUGAGCCUUGUUUUCUCCCUAAGCUGGCUGUCAGAAGGUGUUCAAGUAUGUGGAAUGUAUUUUGAGGUCAUUCGUCUACCAUCACCCUCAGCCUAAGACCAACUCUGCUAGCCAAGAGCCCCAGAACAUGGGAAAGCCGUCUGCACAGAUGGUGUGCUAAGGCGACACUGUUGGCAUUUAGGGAGGCCUCUUUGUCUAAACAACCUAGACCAGUUUCUAUUCCAGCAGCCACACCAUGGACAGCAGCCACCCCAGCCUCCCAGCCACAAGAAAGGUGAUUAGAUUUGCAUCAGUUGGUCAGCUUCUUAGAGGAUUUGGGCAUUUUGCCUCUAAUCAGCAAUACUCAAGGGAGAGGGUUUGCAGGGGUGACUGAGCAUCCCUCUUCCCACACUGCCCAGUACAAGAUAAAACUAAACUCUCCGAUUCCCCUCCCAAGGAAAGCAUGAAGCUGACUACCUCAACAGCUUUUCCCUUUUGGUGCAAUUUAGUUUCAGACAUGCUGAGUUAGAGACAUGGAAAGUCUUUGAAUGCAGUGAAACACAGCCUUUUCCCUUUUAAUCUGAUAAAGUAUAAAUUUAUCUUGUGAAGUAAUCUGAAAGAUAAUGGCAGAGUCUCUUCAUCCUGACCAUCCCAAGUGGCUCACUUUCCAAGCUAGUUCAGCACAUCAUUUCACUCAGGCUUAGAGGCUGAAUGAUUAAAGAUCCAGAAAACAGAGUCUUUUAGGUUUCUAGUACAGAGUUAUGUACGGAUACUCUUUAAGUUAAAAAACCCUGGACCUGACGCUCCUCCCCCCUUCAACACAGACAAAAAUAUCACUCAUUUUCAAUGACUCCAAGCUUUCUCUCCUUCUGCCUCUUAAACCUACUUUCCAUAAAAGACCAGAUUUAGAGAGGAAAAGGAAUCUAAAUUCUGGAGCCUAAAUCUUGAUGGUUCAUUUAAUCAUCUUGCUUUCUGGUGGCUACUGACUUUCUCACCUGAGAAAUAUUUAGGGCAACAAAUGACCUCAUGACAAAUAUGCUAGGAAGGCCCUGAACUAUUAAGAGUUUAACAUUCCAAGAAUAAACUUCAUUCACUUUUCAAAUUCUCCUUCUAUUAGAUUGAGAGUUCUCAGAAAAUUUCAAGAUAAUCUAUAAUCUAUAUCAAUCCUUGCUUCAACCCAGGGAAAUCCCCAGCAUUCUUGCUUUUUCUUUUCUAUAAUUUUGAGAAAGAGGAACUCCUUAACAAAUAACUUUGCAAAAAUAAAUAAAUUGAGGGGGAGGAAGGGAGGAAACAGGGACAAGGGUCAGGGGCAUUCUUGUGAACCAUUGUGAUUUUUUAAAAAUCUUAAUGAUAAGUCAAAUAUUAAAUUCCUAGUGAAAAAUGAA